GUUUCGUAGAGCUUCUAUUUGUGCUGCCGAACAAAUAGGAACUUAUAAGGAGAAAAAGGACCCGCUGUGUAUAAACGUUAAAGUAAAAUGUCUUGUUUUAGUUAUUCUGUAUUGCUUACAAGGAGUUCCUGUUGGAUUGUCGUUCGGGAGUGUUCCUUUUUUACUAAAAAGAAAAUUAAGCUACACUGACCUUGGUUAUUUUUCAAUUUCUUCUUAUCCCUACAGCCUAAAAUUAUUUUGGUCUCCUAUUGUUGACUCUUGGUAUUCAAAAAGAUUUGGAAGAAGAAAAACUUGGAUUGUCCCUUCGCAAGUACUUUCCGGUCUAUUAUUCUAUUUUAUUGGCACUCAGAUAAACCAAUUAUUAAAAGUUGAGUAUAUUGAUGUAAAGCAACUUACCUUUUAUUUUUUCUUAUUGAUUUUUUGUGCGGCCACUCAAGAUAUUGCCGUAGACGGCUGGGCUCUUGAACUACUUCCAGCCGAUCGUUGCGAACUUGCCUCGACUUGCCAGACAAUCGGCAUCAAUGUAGGAUAUUUUCUCUCCUUCACCGUCUUUCUUGCUCUCAAUUCCUCUGAGUUCUGCUCUCGUUAUCUACCGUCUGUAGUUCAGUACUUCUGGGGCAGCACAGCAACUAAAGAACUACUAACACUUGGCGGCUAUAUGAAGUUCUGGGGAGUAACUUACCUUUUAUUUAGUCUGUGGCUUGUAAUAUUUGUGCGAGAGGACAGUUAUACACUUUCAGUAAAUGAAACUUCUAUGAACGAAUACCAGAAAAAUGAAGCUACCGAAAACUUAUCCAUUUGGGAUACCUACAAAACUCUAUUUGAUGUUAUUAAAAUGAAGCAUAUGUUAGCUCUGCUGGUUGUUCUGUUAGUUCAAAAAAUCGGCUUUAUGGCAAACGAUGCUGUAACACCUCUUUUGCUUAUCGAAAAAGGCUUUAAACGAGAAGAUAUGGCGCUGACCGUCUUACUCGACUUUCCAUGCCAGCUCGUUUUAGGAUAUUUGGUGGCCAAAUGGUCUACAGGCACCCGGCCUACGCGGCCUUGGAUGUACGCCCUUGUUCUCCGACUGAUAAUGGGGGGUGUUUGCAUGUAUGUGGUUUACAUAUUCCCGCCUGACGGUCGAGUUACGCCGGCUUACUUCCUUCUUGUGACUGCUGCAACAUUACUAACGUCGUUUGGCACCACGGCCAUGUUUGUCUCCCAGGGAGCUUUUUUUGCGAGAAUAAGUGACUCUAAAGUUGGCGGUUCCUACCAAACCCUGCUGGCCACCUGCUCUAAUUUUGGUGGCACAUGGCCCAAGUAUUUCGUGCUAAAACUUGUUGACCACUUCACUAUUGCGAAGUGCUCCACUACAGGACAGGAUUGUGUAACUGAACUCGGAAAGGCUGCCUGUCGGAACAGUUUUGCUUCCGACCAGACGCCGGGAGUAUGCCUUAUAAUACAGGAAGGGUUUUACUAUGUUUCUCUGAUAUGUAUUAUAUGCGGAUCUCUAUUGUACCUACUUUUCGUCCGACCCACCGCUAAGUACUUGGAAAGAUUGGAUGUUAGUGUUUGGAAAAUAUCUAAUUAAAAGUCUGCUUUCCCUUCC